GCGAGGGAACAUUGUUUGGAACUUCGUCACCGCGGGCCAGUACGUCGGCGACCAGUCCAAGACGCACGGGGACCGAAAGUUGCGUUGCAACUUAUGCGGCCACUUGUUUCAGGGGGGUCGUCGAAGGCCGCGCGUCAUUUCACGCAGUCGAAGUUCUGCAAGGCUGGGGGGAUGAGAGUUCUCGCGGAACUCUGGAACGACACGGACUACACAUUCGUGUCAUCCACUGCUCAGCGGGUGCAGAGGUGGAUGGCAGACGAGGGCAUACGAGACACGAGAGCACUCGCGGGUGGUCAGAGACAGCGGAUGGACGACGCAGAGAGGGACGAGAUUCAGGAUGCUCUCGAUGAGGAGGAGGGCCGCGAGGGUGGGGCCAGGGAGGGGGCGGUUGCAGACGAGGCAGACGAGGCAGUUGGAGAGCCUAACUUGCUAGGGGAGGAGGUGGUGAUGACGUCGAGAGGCGUCGGUCGAGCGGGUCCUGCUACUAGGGCGUCGCGACCGGAGUUGGAGCGAGCGAGGAGGGAGAAGAGGUCAGUGGGGAAGGCUGGUGUCAAGGUGCCGGACACGGGCAGGGAGAAGAGGGCUCGACAGACCACGAUUGACGAGAUGUACGCUAGAGAGAAGUUGGUCGAGUUCUCAGACGCGUGGCUUCAGUGGAUCUACGUGAGGAAGUUGCCAUUCAACGCCUUCCGUGGUCUGGAGUUCCAGAGGGUGUGGCAGGCAGCAGAGAGAGUGCCUCGCUCUAUCCGGUUCCGGUUUCCCUCCUACAGGGUUACAGCGGGCGUCGGUAUCCCUUCGCAGAGGGCGAUGAUGGCGACGAUCGUGAGCGAGGUGCGCGCCACUUUCCAGCACAGCGGUGCCACCAUCCUCUUCGACGGGAGGAAGUCACGCAGCGACAAGCCGCUCGUGAACUUCCUCGCCGGGGGCGCCAAUAGCGCCCUGCUAUACGCCACCGUCGCACGUGACGGGUCGGUCCGAGACACAGCGGACGUCGUGUACAGUAGGUGGCGGGCCAUCAUCUUGUCCUUUCCUGCAAAGGACGUGAUCGGCUUCUGCAUAGACUCUGCCGGUAGCUAUACGGCGGCAGCGCGCAGGUUCGCCACAGACCCCGAGCGUGACAUCAGGAGGAUCACCUGGCUCCCCUGCUCCACCCAUGUUUGCAACUUGAUGUUGUUUGAUAUCGGGACGCGAGUGGGGUGGGUCAAGGAGACCAUCAUCCGCGUUCGAGCGCUUGUGCGAUUUAUUAAAUCUCACGGCGCUGCUCACACCCUGUUUAGGAAGGUGAGCCCUCCCGUUCAGCUCGUCGAGCCCGUUGGGACACAGUUUGCAUCGGAUUUUCUGAUGCUGACGUGUCUCAAAGGCCGACGAGAUGCGUUGGAGAGCAUGUUGCACGGGGAUGCUUGGGCACGCAUCCCGUGGGAUCGCGCCCACGUAUCUCAGGCGCAGUGGGUGCAGCAGCAGAUCAGGGACGGGGAGUUUUGGCAGCCUAUCCAGUACGCCAUCCUAGUCAUGUCGCCCGUCCACCAUUUGUUGCGCAGGAUGGAUAGAGGGGGGAUGAUGAUGUCCAUCGUUUAUGAGUGGAGUCAGCAUUUGCCGCAGUUGAUGAGGAGGGUCGACGUGCCGACGGACAUGAUCGAGUCAUGCGUGCAUGAGGUUGCCAUCCGCAACCUCCACAUGCUAGAGCCCGCACAUGCCGUGGCCCACCUCCUCAACCCUCGUCGAAGGAGCGUGAGGGACCAGAUGAGGGCGUUCCACUCGAGGCGAGGGGAUUGGGGAGAUCGUGACCUCUCCGAUGCCGAGGCGGCCGAUUGCAGGGGGAACAGCGAGACCGAGCGAUGUGCAACGUGGUGGUUUGAGCAUGGAUGUGCCCACCCGGAGUUGCGCACCAUCGCCGUCCGUGUCAUGCACUUGUGGACGUCUGCCUCUCCAGCGGAGAGGAACUUGGCGGAGCACGAGCGCGUCAGCACGGCGAGGCGCUGCAAGCUUGGGUUCGCCAAGCUUGCACAGCUGGUUAAGAUUGCCACCAAUCUCAAACUGGCCUCGUGCGCACGGCAGGGUGGUGGCUACGUGUUGCCAUGGGUUAUGGGGACCGGUCAGGGGGGGAGGGCGGCAGAGGAGGAGGAUGAGGAGGGAGAUGUGGAGCCCGAGGUGUGGGGACCGCGACCUGAUGGCAGUGUUCUCGAGCAGGAGAUCCAGCGGCAGAUUGUCGCUUUCCAUGACAGCCGACCGUCUAGAGCCCGUUCGGUUCGGGACGUGUUCGGCACCAGAGCGACGGAGCUGCGACCGUGGCCGGAGGGUGGGAAUGAUAUGGACGCUGCUGCGGCAGACGACGACAUCGACGACGACUGGACUGACGAUGAUGACACGCCGCUGAGUCGCGACUCGACGAUUGAGCGAGUGCGUUCAGAGAGGUUGGCGUCAGCAGCAGGCAGAGACCGGACACAUGACGGUAAAGAUCGUGGGGGGGAGAGGACUCCUUCUGACGCCGGUAUCCGCCCCCGCUCGCCGUCGGUGCUCCGCACACAAGACUUCGACGUCGUAGGGCUUGGCGGGAGCUUGGGGGAUUUCAGUGUCGAGGGACGUCGAUGUGCCUCACCGCAGGAGGUGCGCACAGACGCGGACGUUGAGCGGGGCUCUGUUGAGACUGAGGAGGAGAGGGAUGCCCGUUUGGACCGAGAGGAGGAGGAGCGGCUGAGGAGUUUGCCACAGUGGGAGGGUCGGUUCGCGUAUCUCGACGAGCAGCGUCGGCAGAGGGACUUGGAGACAGGAGGGGGGGGGAGCCGUGACGUCGACGACUCGGGUGUCCCUGAGGAGGCGGUUCAAGGGGAGUUCGAUUAUGAGGGGCAGGAUGCCGCCGCGGGUGGUGGGUCAGGUGGUGGACGACGCGGCGACGAGGAGACCGCGGGUGUCCCUGAGGGGCAGGAUCUUGUCAUGGGCGAUGGGGAUACCGCGGGUGUCGGUGGAGACGAUGGACCGGAUGACGACGAUGACGACGACCACGGUCCCGAGGACGAUCAGUAUAGGCUCGCUUUGGUGUUGAGGGACCCCGCAGUGCCUCCCUUGCGCCGUGAGGACACAACGCACACUUUCUUCGACGUCAACACUUUGGCGCAAGCGUUGACGGAUGACCGUUUUGCACACGUGAGCCACAAGAGCGGCAAGCAGCGGGCCCCUCGGAGGGUAUAUUCACCGCCGCCGUUCGUGGUGCAGAGCCCUCACUGGUCGGGUUCGUCGCUCAGCGGCGUGAGAGGGAGGGAGUCCGGUGCGGGUGAGGUGGGGUCCGACAGACGCAGCGACGGCGGUAGAGAUAGUGCAGGAUCGAUGCCUCCACCGCUCGCACGGACUCCGGAGGCCAGGGUCGACACCGGGGACGGGACUGCGGCACCCGGAGUUGCGCACAGUGGCGGUUCCCCGCCGACAGUCCGAGGUGGUGUGGGUGGUGGAUGGUCAGCCGUUCGUCGGGUCGGGGGCCGGUUGCGGGCGGAUUACGACGCCGGGAGGGGCAUCUUCACGGGACGUACGGAUGUUCAGACGCAGGCUGUGGAGGGUGGGUCCGGACGUCCGAGCCUGCAGAUGGCAGGCCGCAUGCUUGGUUUGUCACGAGCGGAGACGAGGAGAUCAUUGGUCCUCGAGGCCGCAGGGACAUCCACGGACAGGCUGCGGGGAGAGCAGUUCACAUCGGGCGAGGAGGGGUUGUUGAUGCGUCCCGGGACGAGACGACAGCAUGGCCUCUCGGAGGUUGAGGCUCGACUCGCUCCAGGGGUCGCCGCCGGGCAGGCAACAUUGGACGCGAUUCAGAGGGAGAGAGAGAGGGGGAUUGCUGCACAGGCAGAGGAGGACGAGCACGCAGACACUGAGUCUGAGCCAAUCGAGACUGCGGCCCGCAGACACAGGGCACAGGUGGCCGCGAAGGCUGCUGCAGCACAUGCGGCAUACGUCAGCGGGGCACGGGGCACAGGUGCUGGAGGGAGAGGAGGGCGCCGGGGAGGACCGCAUGGCGGCCCGUCCUCCGGGAGAGGCCGCGCGCGCUCUAGUGGGAGAUGACGACGUCCGUGGUGUAUUUUUUUUUUUCUACUUUGGUGGGAGAUGACGACAGUAUGUGGACAUUAGGUUUUUUUUUUUUUUUUUUUGCUACUCGGUUGUACAGUAGAGA